UAAACGCUAACACAGUAAAUGUCUCGUCUCUGCACUUCCUCUUUAGUGGUCAGUUCAUAAAUAGAUUGCUUGUCAAAACAAAAGUGAAAGUCUUACACUGACAGAGAGGAGUCGAGUGUGGGAUGGCUAUGCCAGAGACAUUACAAAGAGAAUAUCAAUCUAUUCCAGACAUGGACCAGGCAGCUGUGUCGUGGAAAAAGUUCUUUGUCUCCUUGGCGGGGACAACUAAUGGGGCUCAUCUAAGCUUUGUUGCAAAGCUAAAAGGCGCUGGCCAAACUGAGGUCUCCACUCGUGAAGUGAGUGACUAUGUUCUGGUUUUCUGUCCUAUCACUUCACGAGUUGGAACAGACAUCAGCGAGGCCCUGGACAACUUUCCAGUUGGUAAACCAGCAAUUCUGGUGGUGAUGCAUCACACCUUCAAUUCUGACCAUGUUGUAGCUGAAAGCAGAAGACUGGUGAACAACCCGAACGUCCACCUCACUGUGGACUGUCUGUUCUAUGAGGACAGACUCUUGGAGUGUAACCACAAUGAUAUUGCAUUGCUUGACAUCAAGAACUUUCUUGGAGUUUCUGCUUCCCAGGUCUCUAAAUGGCAAACCUGCUACGAUUGGUCGAGGAACCAUUCAGUUGCUUUAGGAGGUUUUUGUGUAGGGGUGGUCACUGUGAUGGUCACUGCAGCAAACAAAGUCCCUUUCUGGCAAACCUGCAAGAAUAUCUGGGAUUUGUCGUGGAAAAAGUUCUUUGUCUCCUUGGCGGGGACAACUAAUGGGGCUCAUCAAAGCUUUGUUGCAAAGCUAAAAGGCGCUGGCCAAACUGAGGUCUCCUCUCCUGAAGUGAGCGACUAUGUUCUGGUUUUCUGUCCUAUCGCUUCACGAGUUGGAAUAGACAUCAGCGAGGCCCUGGACAACUUUCCAGUUGGUAAACCAGCAAUUCUGGUGGUGAUGCAUCACACCUUCAAUUCUGACCAUGUUGUAGCUGAAAGCAGAAGACUGGUGAACAACCCGAACGUCCACCUCACUGUGGACUGUCUGUUCUAUGAGGGCAGACUCUUGGAGUGUAACCGCAAUGAUAUUGCAUUGCUUGACAUCAAGAACUUUCUUGGAGUUUCUGCUUCCCAGGUCUCUAUCUGGCAAACCAUCAAGAAUAAGAUUGGUUGAGGAGCCAUCAGAUGCUGCUUGCUUAAGCAGGUUUAAGUGUUAUCAAUGUUACUUCACAACCCCAGUAAUUGUGCUUUUCAGACACAAGUUUUGUGGCAUGUACAUGUUAAAUGUGUGUGUGUAGAGUCGUGUGUGCUGGAAUCUUAGGAAGUUUUAAAUGAAGACAAAACAUCUCUGUAAAACAAUGAUUGCUGCUGCUUUGUGCUCAUUUAAAUGUCAAAAAUGCAUAUUCCUUUAUGAAGAAUUAAUAAAAAUGAAUGAAUCAAAGUGAUUAUAUCAUAUUUGUUGCAUCGCUGAUAAACAAAUAUGAUGGAUUCCUAUGGAAAAUGAGGAUCUCAGAAAAAAUAAAGAUCAAAGUUUCAGUUCCCA